GUUUCACCUGUAUGAAUUCAACCAUUUUUGUUUCAUUUAUAAGAUCUAUGGUUUACUUUCUAUUUGGAUUGGUGUAUAUACUGGACAAGUCAGUAUAUGUCGGUUCAGAAGUAAUUCUUGUUGAUUUAAUUGGGACAUAUUCCCAGAUAGUUGUAUAUAGAUUUAGAGACUUACAGAAUAGUCCUAUAUAGGUGGAAAAUUGUAAAUGGUAGACUCGAAACCUAGCUAUCCUGUUCUAGUGGGCUGAGAAGGACAGCUUUACUUUUGUUCCUGGGUCUGAAACUAAUUGCAGGUAGGGAGUGAGAUUUCUUAUGCUGUCUUCAGAAGAUGUAUGGACAAUACAGAGGUUAUUUAGGGGCCUGUCACUAAUAUCACUGUGUUCUUUCAUCCGUAGAGCUUUCCAUGGAUCUGCCAAGGAACUCUAUGGUAGAUGUACAGUAUAUAAAACAUUCUCCAUAUGCUUUUCCUCUGACAAAUCAAAUUCAUCUGAUUUAUAUUUCUUCUCCCACCCUCAACAUCGAAAUGUGUGCUUUUGUAGUAACCAAUUAAAAGAAAACCCUGCUUGAAAGAUAAAUAUUGGAGAAAUGGCUCUUGGGAAAAUCAUUAAACAUGUCCUCUUCUGCUGGUUGUGUGGCUCAUUUGCCCUUCUGGGAGGUCUUUUUUUCUUUGUUUUAGGUUUCCUAAGGGCUGUUAAGGCAAUAUUACAUGCAUCGAUGUGUUUUUGACUUCAUGUUUCGGAACAUUUCCUUAGCCAGAUUCUAAUCAGUAUGUAAAUGUUAUUGAAAUUAAUGGGCUUUAGUAUUAACAGAGUUACGGUUAGCCUGUUCAUCUGUUGUAUUAUGAUUUUCUGGUCUCAUAUUAUGCCUGCCUUUUCUAGCAUUGAAGAUAAUGAGGAUGAUAGCAAAAUGGCUGACCUUCUCUCUUACUUUCAACAACUCACUCUUCAGGAAUCAUCCAUCAAACUAUGUCAGCCUGAGCUUGAUCUCAAUCAGACUCAUAUCUCAGUGUUGCCUAUGGAGCUGUUAAUGUAUAUUUUUCGAUGGGUAGUUUCCAGUGAUCUGGACCUGAGAUCUUUAGAACAGUUAUCAUUGGUCUGCAGAGGUUUUUACAUAUGUGCCAGGGACCCUGAAAUCUGGCGUCAGGCUUGUUUGAAGGUUUGGGGCAGGACAUGUAAUAAAAUGGUUCCUUAUACCUCAUGGAGGGAAAUGUUCGUGAAAAGACCUAGAGUUCGAUUUGAUGGGGUAUAUAUCAGCAAGACAACAUACAUUCGUCAAGGAGAACAGUCUCUUGAUGGCUUCUAUCGGGCAUGGCACCAAGUGGACUAUUACAGGUACCUGAGAUUUUUCCCAGAUGGCCAAGUAAUGAUGCUAACAACUCCAGAAGAACCUCAGUCUAUUGUUCCUCGAUUACGGACUAAAAACACAAGAACUGAUGCAAUCCUGCUUGGACAUUAUCGCCUUUCCCAGGACACGGACAAUCAAACCAAAGUAUUUGCUGUAAUGACAAAGAAGAAGGAAGAGAAACCAAUUGACUAUCACAAGUUCAGAUAUUUCUGUCGUGUCCCUGUGCAAGAAACUGAUCACAGUUUUCAUGUAGGGUUACAGCUGAAUUCCAGUGGCCGUCAGAAAUUUAAUAAACUCAUUUGGAUUCAUCACUCUUGCCACAUAACUUAUAGAUCUACUGGUGAGACAGCAGUCUCUUCAUUUGACAUUGACAAGAUGUACACCCCUUUGUUCUUUGCACGAGUGAAGAGCUUUACUGCAUUUUCAGAAAGGCCUCUCUAAGAAGGUCCUGUUUCUUGCAUGAAAGAAAUUACAGCAAACAACACUUAAGUUAUAAAUGUGUUUGUGUGUGUAUGUGCGUGUGCAUGUAUAAAUAUGUAUGUAUGUAUGUAUAAAUAUACAUAUAUGUGCACACACACACGCACACACAUAUAUAUAUAGGAAUUUUGUUUUAAAGUUGGGAGAUCUUUUUGGAAGAAUAUAUACUGGAAAUACAUUUGAUUUAGGGUGGCAGGGUUAUCUUUCUGGUUUUGAAGUCAAGUUUACACUUUAUUUUAAACUUGUUUAUGUUGUGAAAAGACUUUGAUAACAUACAAGGCAUUUUUUGCCAUGUCAUUUUAUGAGCAAAAUUUAUAAGCUGUUCUCUUUACAAAGUAAGGCUUCAUCUGCCUAUGCACCUUAAGUUCAGGAAUUGUUAUAAACAUACUGCUGUACAUAAAACAUUGUGUGUGUGCUUGGGGAAGGCUCAAAAUGUGAAGAAUUUGUCCUGCAUCUGUGCGUGGCCUAUACAUGUAUAAUACAAAUUCGUGUAUUGGGUUUACCUUUCAGGAAGAGAUAUUGACUUAAGUAUAAACUACAGCUUUAUGAAAAACUAAGGAAAAGCAAAAGGUGGAAGUUCAGCUUCAAAUGUCGCCAUCUUUUUUAGAAUUACAUGAUUUUAAAUAAUCAUAGUAAUCCGUUCAGAUGUUACUAUGUUUCAAGCAGAUGAUGACAGGACAGUCACAUGGCUGCAAUGGUUGCCUUUGUCAUCUGGACCCAGGAAAGACCUUUGGCAGAGAGUAACUCUGAAAGUGCUGAACUCUAAAGUGUAUCAUCUGAAUUCUAUUAUGCAAAUGAACAGGGCUGUUUUGUUUUGUUUUUGUCUUUUGUCUUUUUGUCUUUAGCUCUUCACCUAACUGCUAAACAUACUGUACACCUCUUGGGUGUUUUGUAACACAUAACUAACUUUUUCUUUUGGGACUCUUACAGAUGUUCAGGUACUGUGUGCUGCUUCUCCUGCGUAUGUAAUUUGGGAAUUGGAUAUGACUGCUGUAUUUCAUGUAUCAUAAAUAUGUAUUUACUCAUACAA